AAAUUUGCCCUAAAUCUUUUCUUCCCGAAGUUUGUUUUUCUCUUCUUCUCCUUCUGCUUGUCCACCAUCUUCCUCCGAAAACUGCCUGCGCCGCCCUAUUUCCUUUCUGCGAACCCGCGUCGCUUUGUUCCUCUCCUGAGAACCGGUGACUCUCCUUCCUUCUCCGCAAGAUCCAAGGAUCCGGUGGCUUUGUAGAUUCGAGCAGGUGAGCGAGGCUCGCGUGGCUUUGUAGAUUCGAGCAGGUGAGUUUCAGCUAUCAAAUUAUAAUCAUGCUUGAGCAAAUGACAGUAUAAUGUUUGAGAUGUUUACGGCCGCUCGCGAAGUGGUCGUUGCUCCGCAAGGCAGCUACGCGGCCGCCUCCCAAGGCUGCCAUUUGAGGCAUUGCCGACGUUCAUUAUUUUCAGAGAUGGGAAGCCAUUUGACCGCUAUGUCUUCUUGGUAAGUUAUCGGAUCCAGGAGGUUGAUAGAAUGAGUUGCUGCAUCAGACAGCAGUAAAGUCUAUAUGUAACAAAGGUAAAAUGUGGUUGGCUGGUACAUUGCAAAUAACCUGCCUCAGAUAUCCACAGUUUCUUAUGAUUGAGAUAUGAUGUCUGAAGCUCCAAUUUUUCAUAGCAAAUACAGCUAUCAUCAUGAUGGCAAAGCGCAACAGCUUGACAUUCAUGAAAUUUUAGUGAAGAGGAGCAGGCUUGGGAUUUUCUUGUCUUAUUCCAUGGUUGUAGUGUUUCUGGGAACUAAUGUAUAUUUUGUUACAACGAAGGAAGUUAAUAUCAGGAGCAUUUGGAGCAUUCUUGUGUGCUUUCUCUUGGCCAAGUUUCUGCACUACAACCCUGUUAAGAAAGAAAGGGUGGUGAUUAUGCCAGCAUUUGGUGUGCAACUUGAAACUCAUUACUGGAGUGGAAGGAUUGUUCGCCUUUUUGUCCCCAUAAGCAAAAUACUAAGCUCCAUGCUGAAUGAAUGUGUGACCCCUGUAACUUGCUACUGGAGUUUGGCUCUGCUUCUUCGUGAUGAGGGUGAGCUUAUGCUAGUGUUCCAGAAAUUACAACCACCAUUGAAAAUGUUGGUCCCCGUGUGGAAGGCCUUGCGCGCAGCCAUUAACUGUGAAGAAACCAGCAUUACCUGACCAGUUCCGUGCAAUAACUCAUCAAUGAAUGUACUGAAGUGGCCGUGUGUUUAGAAUAGCUUGCUGCAACGUGCCACCUCUUGAUGCCAAGUCGGAAUCAUUUUUCAUGAACCUGAUGUUGAUUCUCGAGAAGAGGAGUGAUAUUUCACCUUAUGGAUCGUUGAUGGAAUUUCAAAUGUUUAUACUGGAAUACCUGCUCGCUGGUUAUAAUUUUUGAACGGUUUCAGCAAUUAAAUUGACAGACCAGUGCUUGAAGAAUGCAUCCGCCAGAAGUAAACACUGUCUACAUUGUUUGAAGCAAUUUUGAUUGAAAACACUGUUUGUCGUAUCCAGCGGCUUCAACCUAGAGCUGAACUUGGCAUGCCUUUGCAUUUGGUCCAAAUCUGACCAACAAAAUUAGCUGGCCAUACAUAUAUUUAAUCACUGGUACUCAAUGAGUCGACACUGAGUCAGGGACAGACUUAUUGAUCUCAUGAGAGAUUUCUUUUAUCUGUUUAUUUUAAUCCAAUUGAACCCAAGAGAGACGGGUGGAACUGGGGAAUGGGGAGAAGAGUCCCCGAGUCCUCACCUGUGCUCCUCCCCAGUAGACACCUCGCGCCAUGCAGCAGUCGAUAAUACUCUGGUGUGGCACCCAAUGCAACAUUUUUUAUUGGAGUCGAUAGAGACGAUUUCUAUCAUUAACCUCGAUUUUUGGUGAAUCCACGCUUCAAGGAAUCAACGUUUUUGUUUUUAAUCAUGUUUUUGUUUGGCUUGCCUCGUUGGUGCGUGCACAAGAUUCCUACCAGUUUCCUUAAUAACUUGUAGGGUAAUGUAUUUGAAGCACUAGUGGAUGUAAACUCUGACAUGGAUUUCACCUUCCAAGUUUAUCUCUCUCUAUUAAAUCUGACAGAGUUGAAAAAGGCAUUAUUAUUAAUAAUAUUAUUUGUUUAGUA